CAGAAUUGAUUUGCCCAGUCAGUCAGAUGACGUAAAACGGACGCGUUCUAUUCGAGACUGGCCACAAGGUAAACAUUCGAUUGUAAAACGCUGCGCUUUGGAGAAGGAUUUUUGUGCAGGACAGCAACUGUGCCACGUUUCUCUUUUUGCGCCUAUGUGCUCACCAAACGCUGUUUGUUUUGAAGCAGCGCACACUUUUCAACUCGCGAAGCCUCUCUUUUUAAAAUCUCAUUUUAACGCUUGUUGUUUUUUUGUGGUACAAUGGCUAUAAAUAAAACGUACGUGAGUAUUGGCUACGCUACGGUCGGUUUGCUGGUGGGGACGUCUGCUUUUCUGGUCUGGAACGUCGUGUACCAUCAGCCGUGGACAGCAGCAAUGGGAGGACUGUCAGGUGUGCUGGCACUGUGGACGCUAAUCACCCACAUCAUGUACCUACAAGAUCACUGGCGGACCUGGCUAAAGGGGCUCAAGUUGUUCUUUUUCAUUGGUGUAUUCUUCUCUGUGCUCGCGGUCGUUGCUUUCAUCACCUUCCUGUCGAUUGCCAUACACUACAAGGAGCCCCUAACUGACCCUCGUAGUCUUUACCUGUCUUGUGUUUGGAGCUUCAUGAGCCUCAAGUGGGCCUUCCUUCUCGCUCUGUCAGCCCACCGCUAUCGUAAAGAAUUUGCCGACAUCAGUAUUCUCAGUGACUUCUGAAAGUUGUUAAUAAUGUCACACAGUAACUAAAGAGACCAGCUUCCAUCGUCUUAUGUGAUGGAUGACUUUUUAAAGGUAAUACUCAGUGUUUGGAUGAACUUUCACCCCAGUUACCUCUUUCCUUUGGUGGUCAGUAAGCACACAAUGACACACACGCACUUGUGCCAUCUGUAAAUGCAGUUUCACGUGAUCGCCAGUAGAGGGCAAUACAAAUCCAACAAUAAGGUUUAUACCGUACAAGUACAUAUGAUGUUUCACAAUCACAUAAGUGAGGUAUGACAUAUAUUUUUCACGUUUUCUCUUCUAAAUUUCGUUUUAUUACGUGACUUGUCCUUGGAAUAAGGUAAUGAAAUUGGUCUGCUGUUUUAUGUACAAUAGAAAAGCUUUUAAUUAUUGAUUCCAUACCCUCUUGAUAAUAUUCAAUCUAAUAUAACAUUUGAUAUGAUCAGUGAGAUUAUUUGUGCUGUCUUUUCACCAUGUGAGAAGGUACUUUGUGUAUUCAAGUGAAUAUUUUUGUAGAAGAGUUGCAUUAAUAAAGUGCUUAAAAAUA